ACUUCAUUGUUCUUGAAAAAGUCUUCAAAGCAAUAGUUUUUUUUUUGUCUUUUUGAAGCAAUUAUACAAUCAAUUCCUGGCUAUUGCCGCGUUUUUUCAUAAUCUAUUCCUUUACUUUUCCCUAUUUCUUAACUUAAGGCAAGAACUUUUCUAUAAAAUAGAUCUUGACUUUCUUCUUCUCCUAUCUAAGUUCAAUUCAUUUGAUAUUCCUUCUAAAAAUGGGGCAACAACAAUCACAGUCCAAGGAUGAGAUGCUGUUUCAAGAAGUGAGUAACAACAACGUCGAAGGUAUCAAAUCACUUCACCAUGAAGGAGCAGGACUCGAGGGGGUGGAUAAAUUAGGGAGAACACCAUUAAUCUUAGCUUGUACGAACGACGAUCUAUAUGAUGUAGCAAAAACUCUGCUUGAGUUGGGCUCCAAUGUCAAUGCUUAUCGUUCUGGUUGCAAUGGUGGGACUCCUCUGCACCAUGCUGCAAAAAGAGGUCUCGUACACACGGUUAAGUUACUUCUGUCUCACGGUGCAAAUCCAUUGGUUCUUGAUGAUGAUGUUAAGACAGCUCUCGAGGUUGCUAGAGAUGAAGGUUACAGUAAUGUCGUACGCGCAAUCGAGAGUCAUAUCUGCUUGUUCUCUGGUUGUAUGCGUGAGUAUUCUGGCUCCAGCUUGCUUAAUUUAUUUGCUCCUCAGCUUCUUUCAAGAAAAGUAUGGGUAGUUGUCGUACCAACUGGUUCAAGAAACCCUACAAAGCCUUUAAAGUUGGAGUUGGUUCUGUAUGAUAGUAUUCAGGAUGCACAACCAAGAAUGGUGAUACCUUUGUGGAAAGCAAACUUAGAGGAACCAAAAUCAUUUCGGUGUGAUGAUUCAGUGAUGAUUAUUGAUGACUCCAGAAGUCCAAAGUCCAUGAGGCAGAGAAGAGAAAGCGGAUUCAUUUCUCAGGCGAGGCGUUGGGCUCAAGUCGAUAGACAAAUACGUCUUAAGCUAGCAGCUGAGAUCAAAGGCGACAUGAAACAGAUGAAUUGGUUUUCUGAGGCAUGUAAAGGAGUUCCACAGCCAAUGAAUCCUCCAAGGUUUAUGAAAACAUCUCAAGCAACAACAACAACAACCAAUGUUCCUGCACUAAGUGAUGAUGCUUUGACUCGUGUCGCCAUGUCACUUCCUUCUCCAAAAACUGCGAAUAAAGAAGAUGGACUGUGUGUGAUUUGUGUGGAUGCACCAUCUGAAGCAGUGUGUGUGCCGUGUGGACAUGUCGCCGGAUGCAUUUCUUGCUUGAAAGAGAUUGAAAACAAGAAAAUGGGAUGUCCUGUUUGUCGCGCCAACAUUGAUCAGGUCAUUAAGCUAUAUCAUGUUUGAAGCAUAUCUCCUCUAUGGCUGGAAGAUAUUGAAACUAUCUCCUAUUUUUUACUUUGUCUUUAAAAGAUAACUACAAAUUUUUUUAUUGUGUGUAUGUUAUGUGGUGAAGUCAAAGAAGUCGAAAUAUAGAAUCACGACAAGUUUAGUUUGUCUUUUUAUCUUUGUUACAUGAUCAAUGUUAAUUUUUCCUUCAAUCUUACAAACUCUAUAUGUAACAACCUGUUCCGUGGAAUUCAGUUGGCGUUACAGCGCAUCGAUCCUAUAAGCCCUUCUGACCCAUUAUACAUUUUGUUAGUAUGUUUGGAGUUUUUCGAAUCUAAGACCUCACCCUUUAACAAUUUUUCCAGAGGACUAGCAUUCCACUGAACGUGUUGUUACACUAUGAUUUUU